CUCGGGAGCCUGGUGCUGCUGCGUGGAGUCCUCAUGGUGAGUCCUGGCUGCUUCCUGCUCCAUAGGAAGGCCUUCUGCCAGCAUCGUGUCAUCUCCCAUUCCUACUGUGAACACAUGGCCGUGGUGAAGCUGGUAUGUGAGGACACCAGAGUCAAUGCUGCCUAUGGCAUCUUUGUGGCUUUUGCAGUGAUAGGAGCUGACCUCACGGUGAUUGUUGUGUCCUACACCAUGAUCCUGUGGGUGGUACUGAAGCUGUCAUCAUCUGACACGCAGCUCAAGGCCUUUAACACGUGUGUAUCCCACAUCUGUGUCAUCCUUGCAUUUUAUGUCUCUGGCCUCUUCACAUUCCUCACCCACCGGUUUGGACACAGCAUCCCUCAGCACAUCCAUAUAUUGGUGGCUGAUAUCUACAUACUGUUGCCCCCCGCAGUAAACCCCAUCAUUUACGGGGUCAGAACCAAACAACUGAGGGACAAGAUAGUUGUCCUCUUUCAGAGGAAGGGAAUCUGA